ACAUCUUCCAGCGUGCCUUGCGCUGAGGCGGAAGCGGCGUGAUGGCGGCGUGCGGGGAGCUCCGGGGUCGGUGACCGGAGCUGCCGCGUUCGCCAUGGCUCUGAUCGAGGGCGUGGGCGACGAGGUGACGGCGCUGUUCACUCUGUGCGUGGCCGCCGCGGUGCUGGCCCUCGCCUGGAUCUCCACCCGCGCCCCGCAGCCGCACGAGGAGGCGCCGAGCGCGGCCCCGGCCCCCGUCGAGCGCGGGGCUCCGGUUACCGGAGCGGGGCCCGAUGAGGCAGAGGCGCGGGACCGGGCCGAGACCGACAGCGGCGACGGGGAGGGCGGCCCCGGCGAGCCCUGCAUGGUGCUGCGGCUAAAGUUCCUCAACGACACCGAGCGCAUCGCGCGGGUGCGGCCCGGAGACACCGUGGGGGCCCUGAAGAGGGCGCAGUUCCCGGGGCAGGAGCACCAGGUCCGGCUUAUCUACCAGGGGCAGCUGCUGCGUGAUGACAGCCAGCGCCUGGCCAGCGUGCCACUCGCCUCGCACAGCGUCCUGCACUGCCACCUCGCCCAGCACGGCCCAGGCCCCGCGCCCUCUGCUCCCCGUGCCUCCGCCGACCCCGUGCACACCGCACUCAACGCCGGCAGUCUGAUGCUGCCGCUCUUCCUGCUGCUGCUGGCGCUGCUCUGGUACUGCCAGCUCCAGUACCGCCACGUCUUCACCGCCACCGCCACCACCUUCCUGGCCGGCCUCACCCUCCUCUUCAGCGUCAUGGCCUUCGCCAUGUACCGCCGGUAGCACUGCAGCCUCAUCCUGGCAGGAAUCUGUCCAGCCCAGGGACUGCUGCACCCGGGGAGAGCUGGGGGUGAGGGAGCAUGUGGGUGUUCAGCAUUCCCGCUCUGGGAAGGGAUUACUUUUGCUGUGCCUGGACCAGGGGCUGCAUCUCACACGCGCUUGGCAUUCCUGACUCCAGGAAUGGGUGGCCUUUGCCAUGUACUGCCGAUAGCACUGCAGCUGGCCAGAACCCAGUGGGAAUCUGACUUGGGGGAGCUGGGGGGCAGGAGCACACACACGCUCGGCAUUCCCAGCUCUGGGAAUGUACCACGGGUGUGUACCACGGGUAAGCACCACAGCCACCCUGUCAGGAGCUGCGGCCUCGAAGGGAGCCGGAGGGUGGGAGCAUGCACGCGCUCGGAAUUCCCGACGCCGGGAAUGGGUGGCCUUCGCCACGUACCGGAGCUGGCAACACAGCUGGCCUCAUCCCGGCAGGAAUCUGCCUGCACCAGGACCCGCAGCCCUGGAGGGACUCGGGGGGAGCAGCUCGGCGUUCCCAGCUCUGGGAAGGGGUGGGAGCGAGGGCUCGGGCCGUUCCACACCCCCUACCCUCCCGCCGGGGCUCCCAUCGCUCCGGAAUGACCGAAAGGAUUAAAGGGACUGAGAACAGCAGCG